AAGAUAUUCUGUGGUGAUCUCUGCUCGAUCCCUCAUGUUCUCCUCUUCGUAUACUUCACUCUGGUGCUUCCUCCUAUCUUCCCAGGUCACCAUGGACAUAAUUUACCUGCACACAUCCCUGGCCUUCCUUCUUCUCCCUGUUGUGCUUGGGGCACCUGCUGAUGAACCCAAACUGACAGAAUCAGCCCCUGGUGCUUGCAAGCGCUGUUGUGACCCUCUGGACUCUUCCACUGAUGUCCCACCACUCCCUCCCAGCCACCACCACCUGCCCUACCCAAUGCCUGAAGUCCGUCCCUAUAUCAACAUCACCAUACUGAAGGGAGAGAAAGGAGACCGAGGAGAGCCUGGGAUGCCAGGGAAAUGGGGCAAAGAAGGACCUCGAGGCGAGCGGGGUGCCCAGGGCCAGAAAGGCAGCAAAGGACAGAUGGGCACAGCAGGAGACCCUUGCAAGCAUCAGUAUGCUGCAUUCUCCGUCGGGCGCAAGAAAGCGCUGCACAGCAGUGAGGGCUACCAAGUCUUGAUCUUUGACACUGUCUUUGUCAACCUCUACAGCCACUUCGAUAUGUUCAAUGGCAAAUUCUACUGCUACAUAGGUGGACUUUACUAUUUCAGCCUCAAUGUCCACACUUGGAACUUCAAGGAGACAUACAUGCACAUCAUGCACAACGAAGAGGAGGCAGUCAUCUUGUACGCCCAACCCAGCGACCGCAGCAUCAUGCAGAGCCAGAGCCUCAUGCUGGAGCUUCAGGAAAAUGAUGAGAUCUGGGUGAGGCUCUACAAGAGGGAGAGGGAGAAUGCUAUCUACAGUGAUGAUGUUGAUGUGUACAUCACCUUCAGUGGGUACCUGGUCAAGCCCAGCCUCGAGUAACAGCCUCUUCUCCUCCUUGGGGCUUCUUUGACCUUCUCCUUCUAGCUCUCUCUGUCCUUCUUUACUGCCCGCAACCACUGCAAAUCACUUGGAAAUGGACCUGUCAGGUCUUAGGCACUGAGUGUGAAACUUGCCUCACUGGUUCCCAGCUCACGCUCUCUUGUAGCCAGGCCUGUAUCUCUCCACUCAGAGUGACACUACCAUCUCUCAGCCCCUCUCCUCAUGACUCCAGUUUAGGUUAUUGGUGUCUAAAUUUUCCAGAGAGCUGUCUGGCUUUUAGGGCCCCAGAGCAGGAGGAAAGCUAAAAUGAUGCUUCUGGGAUGUGUCUCUAUUUGGGGCUUCAUAGACAAAGGACUCUUGCACAAAAAGCCAACAAGUCCUCACCACCCAGAUGCAUCCUGGCUUCUCUCUGUCCCAACUAGACAUGCCAGGUUUGCAGCCUGCAAUGUGGCCUUCAUGUCACCUCCCUGUAAUGUGGAGAGCUGACUGGGAUCUGAAGGCCUCCUGUAGCGCAAGGAAGACAUAGGAGUGAUCAGAGACAAUACUGUCUCUCCAAAAAAGGGACUGUUUGCCUUCUGAAGUAUGACAUUGGCUUUUCUUAGACUUUCUGGGCCACAGAGUCCAGGCUGGCUGCAAAAUCUAGGCCUGGCAGGAUUGUCCUCCUCUGUGCCAGCUCUAGCUCACUGGAGAGAUGAAAGGCCAGACACUCGGCCAGGUUCCUCUGAGGCAUCUGCUGUCAGAUCAGUAGAGCCCACCACUCUAUUCUCACUAGGAAUCACAAAUACAGAACAAGAAAAGGAGACGAUCCUGCCAAACCUUCCUCUAGAACCCCCUCUGGUGGGCUGCUUGGUCUUGGUUCUCCAGAUGUAGGAAGCUAGCCCAGAGAGUGAGCCCAAAUUCACCCUCUUCUUUAUCAGAGGUGCACUCAUGGCCUUCCAUUGGUAUCAGCAGUCAUCCCUAACACUUGCUGAUGUGAGUGUAGAAUCAGGCUUUGGCUUCCACGUUGUCAUUAUGCUAUCCCCUUGAAGGUGGUUCUCCCUCACUGGCACUGAGGGACCACUUAUUCCAGAGCUGAGCUGGAGGCCGUGAAGGCAACUGCAGUUACAUCACUUACAAACCUGGGCGGGUUGGCACCUCUUUGCCUCUGUGAUGGAAAAAAGAUAGAGGUGAGACUUGAGCAUCUCGCCCCAGGGUUAAAAGCUUCCCUGCCACACGCACUGUGCCUUCUCUGGCAAUCUCAUCAGAGCAUCUGAGAAAAGCACAAGGCUUCACCAAACCCACACUGCUCGUGUCGGCUGGGAGAAGCAGCAGUGGGAGAGGAAUGUCAGCAGUAUGGUUUUCUGGUAUCGUUUGUGCUGGCCUCAUGCCGCUCUCACUCGCAUCCCUCUGAGAUUGCUAUGGUCCCACUGGGAGCAGGUGAGGCUGAUUCAGCGCUUUGGGAAACCUACUUCCAGGUGUUGUGGUGCUGCCAUAAAGACUUGUCUUUUUUUUUUUUGAGUCUCAGGACAGGACAAGCAGGAGAAACUGUAUUUCUCCUCUGCCCAUCACUCGCAGUGAAAUCUGCUGCCUCAUCUAGUUUCUGCAGUCUCAUGAUUAGCCAUGGUCUCUGCCUGUAGCAGCUAGGACUACCAGAGCUCUCCCCACAGGAGACACACCUCAUCAUGCAGGACUAGAUCUGGUCCAGCCAGCCAGGAAUGGCAAAGGUACUGGGACUCAGGCUAAAUACUACAAGUGAACUUGAGAGAACUGCAGGACGUUUUCUCUCUAGCCCUGUUUACUUACCUUUCCUGCUUUGCUAAGGAAGCUGUACAGACUGGAAUGAGGUUCAGGCACCUUCUGCCCUAGAUCCUCUCCACCACUGUCACUGAGGCAAUAGGUGUAAAAACAAAGCUGGGUUUUUCCCAGGGAAACAUGUGAUGAUGGGAUCAUGAGAACUAAAGGAGACUUUGAGUUUCUUUCUGCCCCAUAGCAGGUCGAGCAUAUGGAACUGCUCAGAGACAGGAUUUUGGGCAGUAGAGAGGAAGCAGCAUGCUGGAGGUCAUGCUCAGGACUGAAACCUUUUCUCUCUUCCUCAUCAGGUGGCAAACCCAGAUACUGCCUAAUUACAGUGCAUAGUGUCCCUGUGUCUGAAGAAAAGCAAACCUCUAACACUGAGUAUCCUCAGAAGCAAGUCUGCUUCUUCCUCCUUUUCCAUUUGCUGUUUGAAUACCAGGGAUAUGUCUCAUGUGCUGCACAUGAGCAGCCAAAUGGUGCCUGAUGCACAUGAGAGAGGAGAGCAGAGGGACCACCAAAGGAUGGUUUAUCAGGCUUCUUGGUGCUAAAUCAGAUUUCAGGAGUAUUGGGUGCUUUCUGGAAGGUGUAGUAGGCUGAGUUGUAAUGUACUGUGGAAUUAAUGGUGCUUUAUGUUACAAAACCAAACAAACUCCAAAAACUUCUUAAUAUCUAUUUUUUUUCCAGUGGUAUUAAACUUUUUUUCCCCCUGGUUGUUUUGCA